AGGCUGGGUUUCUCUUGGCUGUGUGUGCAAGGCAUUUGCCAGCUCUCUUGCCCGCUGUGAGGUCCUGGGCAAAGGUGGACUGGGGGGGUGGUGCAUCUUCCAGCUGUGAAACAGCACAGAGCACACUAGAGGGAGCUAGCCAGUGAUCAUGAACAAGAUGAAAACUUUCAAGAGGCGAUUCUCUCUUUCAGUCCCAAGGACGGAGACCAUCGAGGAGUCACUGGCAGAAUUUACAGAGCAAUAUAACCAAAGGAACAGCCAGCACACCGAAGGACUUGGCCAUUCACAUUUGCAGCUGUCACACCUGAGUCCAGGAAAUGCUGCAAUUUCUCCAGUAGACGGAGAGGGUCUGUCUCCCACCUCACUGAGUUACCGGAAUGCAGCCCACCGUAGACUCUCCAUGGAGGAUGUCAGCAAGAGGCUCUCUCUUCCUAUGGAUAUCCGCCUACCUCCAGAACUCCUAGACAAGCUGCAGAUCAAUAGUCCAGAGGAUGACCAGAAGCCCUUAACCCGACUUUCAAGAAGAGCAUCCUUGUCUGAUAUUGGGUUUGGAAAAUUGGAAACGUAUGUCAAACUAGACAAACUGGGAGAGGGCACAUAUGCUACGGUUUUCAAGGGACGCAGUAAACUUACAGAGAAUCUGGUAGCUCUUAAAGAGAUCAGACUUGAACAUGAAGAAGGAGCACCUUGUACAGCCAUCAGAGAAGUGUCUCUUCUGAAGAAUCUGAAACAUGCUAACAUUGUAACACUGCAUGACAUCAUCCACACGGAGUACUCGCUCACUCUGGUCUUCGAAUACCUGGACAAUGACCUAAAACAGUAUUUGGAUAACUGUGGCAAUCUCAUGUGUAUGCACAAUGUAAAGAUCUUUAUGUUCCAGUUACUUCGUGGUCUGUCUUACUGUCAUCGCAAGAAGAUUCUGCACAGAGACCUUAAACCACAGAACCUCCUAAUUAACGAAAAAGGAGAGCUGAAGCUGGCAGAUUUUGGCCUUGCGAGAGCCAAGUCAGUGCCCACUAAAACAUAUUCCAAUGAAGUGGUGACACUAUGGUACAGACCCCCAGAUGUCCUUUUGGGCUCCACAGAGUACAGUACACCCAUAGACAUGUGGGGAGUUGGCUGCAUCUUGUAUGAAAUGGCUACGGGAAGGCCUAUGUUUCCUGGUUCCACUGUAAAAGAAGAAUUGCACUUAAUUUUCCGGCUGCUAGGAACCCCCACAGAAGAGACAUGGCCUGAGAUAUCUGCUAAUAAAGAAUUUAAAGCAUAUUGUUUCCCACAGUACAGACCUCAACCUCUAAAAAACCACACACCAAGACUGGACUCAGAAGGUAUUGAUCUACUGAGCAGCUUACUGCUGUAUGAGCACAAGAAGCGGAUCUCAGCUGAAGAAGGUUUCAGACACCCUUAUUUCAAGAGCCUUGGCGAGAGAGUACUUACCCUACCUGACACUACCUCAAUCUUCACUCUUAAAGAAAUUCAACUUCAGAAGGACCCAGGUCAUCGUGGAUCGAUUUUCCACCACACAGCCCGUGGGAAGACCAGAAGACAGAGUAUAUUUUAAAGCAAAACAGAAUUGUGAUUUAAGAUAACUUUUACUUCUCUGCUACUGAGACGCCUGCACUUUGAGUAUUAACUUUAAUUGAAUUAAGCUGCAGAGGACCUAGUGCCAAAUGUACUGUUUUUUUGUAGGGACCAAUGUAAGGUGCAGGGACCAGAGGAAAGUAAAACCCAAUAUCUCUCUAUUUCACACCCCACAAAUGCCUUAUUAACAUUUCCAUACAAGUAGGGUAGACUAAGCUAAAUGUCACCAUUGUCCUUAGUGCACUUGUCUUUUCCUUUUAAUCAGAGGUAGAAUCCAUAGCAAUGAAUUGUACAAAGCUAUAUCCUGUAUCACACUUCCUGUCAAAGUGGCUGACAGGACCCAACUUUCAUUUCGAUUUUUAACAUCCAAUUUUGGACCCAAACCUGUAAAACAAACUGUUUUACCUCAAAGAAAAAGGGUGUUAUGUAGAUCACAUAUUUAUAGAUCUCUCUUGUUUUUGGGGUACGUUUACAUAAUUCAGAGGUACAAUUUCUAUAUCACUCACAGCCAUCUUAGUUUUCCUUUACAACAUGUUUCCAUACCUUUACUAGCUGAUAAAAUCGUUAUUAUAUAAUUUUGGGGAUAUAUAGCUCCUUAGGAUGAACGCUAUCAAGCUGUCAGGAGCUGUAAUAAGAGUAGCAUAUGAGUUACAGUGGCUGUGGUGCUGUGGUGCUGCCUCAUUGUAAGGAGUCAAAUUGUGUUAGAAGCCGCCCCUCGCACCCUUUACAGCUCAGUGAAAACCAGAAGCUCCUAUUCAGCUCUCCUCAAACUUGACAAAAAAUAUGCAGAGUAUGUUCAUCCAAUUGGAAAUAACCUUUAUACUGAACUUAAAUAAUAUUGACUACAAACUGGUUUUCCUUUUAAAGAAUUAUGUGCAAAUACAUAAUUCUGUUCCAACUACCUGUGCAUACGGAGAUCAUCACCAUUGUCGCACUCUUUGUUAGUGUAGGCUGAGGUUCUGUACUGUUAGUCUAAAACUUGUGUAUAAAAAAACAAAUACAAUUCAUAAGAGGACCAUCCUAUCACAUACAUAGAUGCAAGGGUAUAAGAAUAUGUAUGGGCUACAUAAGUGACUCAUUAAUGUAGUUUGAUGUGCCCCCAAACUCUUGUGAACUGUAUAUUAUUUAUUAUGAUGUUAUUAAUUCAAAGCUUAAUUAUGGUCCUUGUUAUCCAGGAGGCUUUAGUAAGUCCAGUUGUAUGGAAAUGUACAUUAAAGUGUAUUAUAAUUUACACAUAUAAACAAGCAAUCAUAGGACUCCUUUACAAAAUAGGUUUAUCCAUUGUACAUGAUGUCCUGUGGCCUCUUCUGCAAACACACUUCCUUAACUAUAUUGUACCCUCCUCUCCCCUAAGGGUCCUGCACUUUAUAGUAGCACUUCCUGAGUAUAUCUUAGAAGUCUCCUACUGCUGCUCUCCUGUCUUAGAAGAAAGUGUGAGUGUGCCAUGUGAUGAAUUGCUAGUUUUGCAUUAAUCUGAUGUGAUCUAAAAAAAAAAAAAAACAACAAAAAACUGUAAAAGUGAAAGAGUGAAAUAUAAACUUAUAAUGUGAGCCUCCUGAUCUCUAAGUAUAGAAGUGUGGGGACUACAGGAAGACCUCCAGAACUCCACUCCCCCAACCCCUAUUCUGUGCCUGAGAAUUAGCAGCGCUGCCUGAUUGUGAUUAUUAAUGGUUUGUAUCAUAACUAAGCAGCAAAGUAUAAUUGUGAAAUGUGUUUGUA